ACAAGGCCGUGCCAUAUAAGCCGCACUCUGAGGUUCCUCUGUGCAAGAACGUGACCUGUGCAAAGUGGCAGCGGCACUGAGGCAACCGGGUGGUUCUGCCCACGGCAUUUCUCAAUCAUCAGGCUUAGCAGCAAAAACAAAAAACACCAAUGUCAUGAACGAAGCACGGUUCCCACCAAUUCAGCGCGAUGUUCCAUAAGAAAUGGAUGGAUCGUGGGUAGCUCUAACACGGAAACAAAACGCAAAAGGAAACGAAAGAACAAGUUAAAGAACUGAGCUAGUCCAGCUUCCUGGGACUUGUUUUUCUUAUGCGCGUUUUACGUGUACCACGUGGUUUGUUUAAUGGAAUAAUUUCAUUAACAUUUCCUUAUUAGGAGCAGUUUGCACAGCUUGUGGCAUUUUCAACUAAAAGCAAAUAUCCAGGUCUGUCAAUGUUUACCUUUUCGAACAAGGAGACGUAACAAACAUACGGCUCUAAGAGGAUACACUAUGGCAAAAACUACUCGGUAAAAGAGAGACAGCAGCGACUAACAAACUCCACUAAAGAGGCUUGCCACGCUGAGCUCGCACAGAUACAGGUUGGCGCCACUAAGGCAGUAUCAUGAGCGGAGAGGUGUUGGAAGAAACAGUUGGACCUAGCUUGGCUGCGGUGGUCGCCAAGGGCUCAUCCCUGGGAGUCGUUCUUACUGCCGUGAUAUGCGUCAAUGUGGGGCUUAUUCUGAAGAUCAGAUGGAUGUCACAAACAGGAGGAACUCGGAACCCAAUUGUGUCCCAUUUGGUUUUAUGUAUGGCAGUGAUCAACACAGCCACCGGCGUUAUCAAUAUUGGAUCACUAAUGGUGUCAACUAUAAAAGGCAGCUAUGUCUUUAGCAGUGGUCUGUGUCAGUUCAUUGGGUAUAUAGGAAGUAUGCUGUUGGCCGGUGUUACAAUGAUGACUAUGAUUGCUGCCGUUGAAAGAUUUACCAAGUUUAUGAAGCCAGUGGAUUAUCCAUCGCUUUUUACGCCUACAAAUCUGAAGAUAAUGAUAGGAGGGGUCAUUCUACUCAUUCUUCCCAUUUUUGCCGGGCCUAUCUACGGAUUUGGAGAAUAUACCUUCCUUAGGGGAAAAAUACACAUGCACCUAGCUGUGAUAAACAUCACAAAUGAAACACAGUUGGAUAUCAGCCAGAUGCAGGCGACUGCGCUCAAGUUCUAUGGGUUUCUUCACAAUGAAGACAACAACAUCACAGGCUCAGCCGCUGUUCGAACUAAACAAAACAUCCGAAAUUUCUUCAGUGUUUCAAGAGAGGUUCAAGUUAGGGAAAUAGUAAUCUCCCCAACAGCAAUCCAGUUUACACUGCGUGCUUACAACUAUGCCGCUCUUUCUAAAUUGUGGAAAGAGCAAAAAGAACACACGCUCGGCGAAACUCUUGGAAACAUAGUUAAUGAUAACUACACUCUUAACUUAUUGCAAGUUCAAAGACUCCAUUUUGGAACCUUCAUGUCCCAAGCGGAAGUAGAAAAAUACCGACAGGUGCCACUGGUGUAUCAAGAAAACAGCCACUGCAGCCUAGAUUAUACGGAUGUGAACAAAAACAUUAAGGGCUUCAUUGGAUACCAGUCCAUUUUUACCAUGGUGAUUCCGCACUGUGUUAUCUUUUACUGCUAUUUGAGAAUUCUCUGCAGACGAUCUGAGCCCACACAGCCUGGUUCAGAGAUCACUACAUUCGAUUCCAAAAUCGUCAGGGUAUUCGCCACGUCUGCCCUACUCAACUUCAUGUCACAGUUUCCGCAUGUAAUAACAAACAUACUUUUUGGAAUGGGAAUAUUUAUCCAGCCAGCAGUAUAUUUUCUCUUGUCGAUAUUCCCAUAUUGCUCACUAGUCGUGUUAGGUCUCAUGUACUGGGCAACGUUUGCGGCGGAUGUUUGCAGAUUAUGUUGUUGUUGUUGCUGCCCGGUGGAGAACAGGUCGUCAGAAACUGCGUCUAUGUUUGAAGUGUCGCAGGUGAUGUUGCUAAGACGCAAUAGCAGCAAUGCAGUGAACGAUAGGUCUGCUGCUCGUGUUAACAUUUUGGAUUCGUCUGCGUGA